CUUAUCGACAUGAACCGUGGAGGUAACACACAUUUGCGCAACGACAUGCAACAUACUUAAUUCAUCAUUAAACUCGCUUCAAAUCUAGAUCCUUUCAAAUGCGAACUACAAAAGUGGUCGCGGUAUUGCGCGACACGCAGUUCACUUUGAACCUUUAACGAGCACGCAUUUUUAUCCAAAAAGGAGGAGGUUAUAGGUCAGUUACGAUGUUUUUGAAACUGCUGGUGGUCGCGUUGUUAUGUUUCUGUGCGUCCUGUUUCCCUGACGGCGCGCCUAUUGAUGCGUGCGUGAAGGAUCGCGCGAACCAGCCAAACCACGGCCGCCAUCGGUCCAAACCCCUGUCCACUUCGCCCUACAGAGUUACCGCGUCUGCUGUCAACUACGCGCCUGAAGACCGCAUCACAGUAUCUAUAUCAGGGGCCAUUCCCUUCAAGGGUUUCUUCAUCCAAGCUCGUUCCGUGGAGACUGACGAAUGGCUCGGGGGGUGGGAGGACACCCCCAACACCACCAUACACCCCGAGUGCGCCGCCAUCACACACGCGGACCCCCGGAACAAAACCAGAGCCACCUUCUUGUGGCGAGCGCCCAGCAAACACGGACGAGUUUAUUUCACGGGCACAGUCUUAAAGGACUACGGAACUUUUUGGGCCAAUCUAAUAGCUGAGGCGCCUUUGGAUCAAACGGCUUUGCAGAUACUUGGUUGAAAGUAUUAUAAUAAUCUUAUUAUUUUGUACUGUUUUAUAAAGCUAGUUCUACAUAGUAACUAGGUGUCGCUAAACUGC